CACUAACCAAAACAAAGUCAAGUACUCGAAUUGUAUGCCCUAUAGCUUCAAUAUCUUUUGAUUUUCUCUUAAAUUCUGAGAGUACUUGCCUCUAUAUAUAUCAAAAACAAUGGCACCAGAGCAGAACCAUCCUAAUGGCAUCAAUGCAGUGUCGAAGAGUGCUGAAAAAGGAGAGAAGAAGGCGUUUGUGACGUUCUUGGGAGGGAGUGGUGACUAUGUGAAAGGCGUGGUUGGACUCGCCAAGGGCCUGAGGGAAGUGAACUCAGCCUACCCUCUUGUGGUGGCCGUUUUGCCUGAUGUUCCCCCUGAGCACCGCCUUUUGAUGGUGAAGAAUGGCUGCAUUCUCAAAGACAUUGACUGGGUUCAGGCACCCGAAAUGGACAAAUCAAAAGUAGGCUGGGCUCAUGAGCACUUCGCCAUUAACUACUCCAAGCUUCGUAUUUUCGAGCUCGAGGAGUACUGCAAGAUGGUAUACUUAGAUGGGGAUAUUCAAGUAUACGGCAACGUGGACGAACUUUUUGACUUGCCGAAUGGCCAUUUGUAUGGUGUUUUGGAUUGUUUCUGUGAGUGGCAUCAUUCUCCUCAGUACAAGAUUGGCUACUGCCAACAGUGCCCCGAUAGGGUGCAGUGGCCAGCCGAAUUGGCACAAGCUCCGUCCUCUUAUUUCAAUGCUGGAAUGUUCGUGUUCGAGCCGAGUCAAGCCACUUAUGAUGAUCUGAUCAACACUAUCAAAAUCACUCCUCCCUCGUCCUUCGCUGAACAGGACUUGCUGAACUUGUACUUCAGGGGAAUUUUCAAGCCCAUUCCGAAUAUUUACAAUCUUUUAGUUCCCAUGUUGUGGACUCAUCCGGAGAAUGUGGAGCUUGAUAAAGUGAAAGUUGUGCAUUUCUGCGCAAAUGGUUCGAAGCCUUGGAGAUACACCGGAAAGGAUGAACAUAUGCAGAGGGAAGAUGUGAAGAUGCUCGUGCAAAAAUGGUGGGACAUCUAUGACGAUGAUUCGUUCAGCUGCAAGAAGCCACUGGCAGCAAAGGUUCGAGGCAAGCGUGUGCAGACUAGCAGACCACUUAACUGAACUUGUUGUGUCUAUAAAUUUCGUGUUCCAUAUAUGUUCUAAGUUAUAGCAUUGUACUAAAGCAAGUGAUUAGUAGCUUGCGGUGUGUUUCUUCCAUUUUAUUGUUUUCCGGUUAAACUGUUUUUUAAACUUUCAACUAAUUAAACAUCGUUAUAUGUCUCUUAA